CGCUCACUCACUUAAAAGUUUGUCAUUGGUUGCGAAGUCGUGAUUCUUCCAUUCAAUUCAAUUUCAAUCAAAACGAAACGAAAGUUGUCUGUUGUGAGUUGUGUGGUGAAGCGUUGUUUGCAAUGGCGUUUUUAAAUUUAAAAUACGUACAAAUAAUACUAUGUUUAGCAACAGUUGCACGUGGUCUGCGCACGCCGACGAUUUCGCACAUAACUCAAGAGCAGAUCCGUGACAUCGGCGGGCAGGUGGACCUCGAUUGCUCCGUGCACUAUGCGCAGGACUACCCCGUGCUGUGGAUGAAGUACGACCGGCAGAAGACGACGGAGGCGCUGCCGCUCUCCUCCAACUCGGGCCUCAUCAUCCGCGACUCGCGCUUCUCCAUGCGCUUUGACGCCGCCUCCGCCACAUACACGCUCUCGAUCAAGGACAUUCAGGAGACGGACGCGGGCUGGUACCAGUGCCAGGUGCUGCUCUCCGUCAGCAACAAGAUCACGGCGGAGGUGGAGCUGCAGGUGCGCCGCCCCCCGGUCAUCUCCGACAACUCCACGCGCUCCCUCGUCGCCAGCGAGGGCGAGAGCGCACAGAUGGAGUGCUACGCCGGAGGGUUCCCGCCACCGAAGAUAUCCUGGCGCAGGGAGAACAACGCCAUUCUGCCCACCGGUGGUUCUAUAUACAGGGGCAACAUCCUGAAGCUGAACUCUGUGCACAAGGAGGACCGCGGCACGUACUACUGCGUGGCUGAGAACGGGGUGGGCAAGGGCGCGCGUCGCAACAUCAACCUCGAGGUGGAGUUCGCGCCCGUCGUCACCGUGCCCCGCCCCCGCCUCGGACAGGCGCUGCAAUACGACAUGGACCUGGAGUGUCACGUGGAGGCGUACCCGCCGCCCGCCAUCUCCUGGCUCAAGGACGAGGUGCAGCUCUCCAACAACCAGCACUACAGGAUCUCGCACUUCGCGACGGCGGACGAGUUCACGGACACGACUCUGCGAGUCAUCACGAUAGAGAAGCGGCAGUACGGCCUCUUCACCUGCAAGGCGCAGAACAAGCUCGGCACCGACGAGGGACAGGUCCAGCUCUUCGAGUCAUCAAUCCCGGACAUUAACUACCCGGGUCUACGGCCCGACCCGCAGCUGUACGGCGCCGCGCCCCGCACACCCCUCACCCUCACCCACACCCUCACCCUCCUCCUCCUCCUCCUCCUCCUCCUCCUCACUGUACUUCACUGAACAUAUGGAACUAAUGACCUACACCUGCACCACUUCACUUCACUUACAGGCGGAGAAUCAAAUUAAUGUUAGUAUAAAAAUAUUUUUGCUCACGUAAGCUUUAUAUUUGUUUGAAAAAGUCUACCGAAUGAA